AGCCAAUGACAGCUAAGGUUAGGGCGUUUGCGCGCAGCCGUCCGUCACUCUAUCCGAGCAGGACGGACAAGUCAAACUGUACAGAGGAGAGAGGGCAACCUGUGCUCCAGGACCGAGCACAUUUGUUCAACUUUUUUCAUCUUUGGAUUAAAUCUACUGGUUUUUGCUUCUUUCUGAUUUGGCGGGUUUUAGAGCGGGGCUCUUCUCCAUUUGGCACCAAACGCAUCUGUCACCACCUGCAGCCGGGUGCCUGAAGUUGUUAAAGUCAUGCCGGCCGGGUUUCAACAGUUGGGGGGAGAAACGGUGACUGGAACUCUAGCUCUAUCGGUCUUCACUGCUGUUCUGGGAUCACUGACAUUUGGCUAUAACAUUGGAGUCAUCAAUGCACCUCAGAAGAUCAUUGAGGCGGACUACAAUGAAACAUGGGUGCACCGUUAUGGAGAACCUAUACCAAGUGGGACCCUCACCUCCCUCUGGUCCCUGUCAGUGGCCAUAUUCUCCAUCGGAGGCAUGGUGUCCUCCUUCUGUGUGGGUUUCAUCUCAGAGUGGCUUGGCAGGAGAAAAGCCAUGCUUGCCAACAAUUUGUUUGCCUUCAUUGGUGGGAGUCUGAUGGGAAUGUCCAAGCUCUGUAUGUCCUUUGAAAUGAUGAUCCUGGGACGUUUUAUCAUUGGCGCCUACUGUGGCCUCGCAUCUGGAUUAACACCAAUGUAUGUGGGGGAGAUAGCUCCUACAAGUCUCCGAGGUGCACUCGGCACUUUGCACCAACUGGCAAUAGUCACUGGCAUUCUUAUAGCACAGGUUCUGGGUCUGGAGUCAUUACUGGGCAGCGAACACCUAUGGCCCGUUCUGCUGGGUUUAACCGUGGUACCAACUGUGCUCCAGAUGGGUCUGCUGCCCUUCUGUCCUGAGAGCCCCCGAUUCCUCUACAUCAUCCGCAGCCAGGAGCACCUUGCCAAGCGCGGCCUGAGGAGGCUGACAGGCCGACAGGAGGUGGGUGACAUGCUCGCAGAGAUGAAGGAGGAGAAGAGGAGGAUGGAAAUGGAGAGGAAAGUAUCCAUCCCUGAGCUCUUCCGCUCCUCUCUUUACCGCCAGCCCAUCAUCAUCUCUAUCCUGCUGCAGCUCUCCCAGCAGCUGUCUGGGGUUAAUGCUAUUUUCUACUACUCCACCAGUAUUUUCAUGAAAGCAGGAGUCCAGAGUCCAGUUUAUGCCACAAUAGGAGCUGGGGUGGUAAACUGUGCAUUUACUGUGGUCUCGCUUUUCCUUGUGGAGAGGAUGGGUCGACGGACACUACACAUGUUGGGAUUGGGAGGAAUGUGUAUUUGUGCUAUCGUCAUGACAAUAGCUCUGGCUUUACUGGACAGCAUUCCUUGGAUGAGCUACAUUAGCAUGCUUGCUAUCUUUGGCUUUGUCGCCUUCUUUGAGGUGGGUCCAGGUCCCAUUCCUUGGUUCUUCGUAGCUGAGCUUUUCUCUCAAGGCCCAAGGCCAGCUGCCAUGGCGGUGGCAGGCUUCUCCAACUGGACCGCCAACUUCAUCAUCGGCAUGGGCUUCCAAUAUGUUGCUGAUCUCUGUGGGCCGUACGUAUUCCUGAUCUUUGCAGGGCUUCUCCUCUUUUUUCUUAUCUUCACAUUCUUUCGAGUGCCAGAGACCCGGGGUAAGACCUUCGACCAGAUCGCCGCAAACUUUAAUCAGCACUCAGCGGCGGGUAUGAUGGAUAUGGACAUGGAGCUGGACAAGCCAAGCACGGAGCUGGACUAUUUGGGCGAUGAAAGCAUCAAUUGAAGAGUCCAAAUGAAAGAAAAAAAACACAAACUGAGCACAGUUUUGUGGGCCCUACUCUAAAAUGUUAUUUCCUGACAUGUUUGAAAUCUGUAGAUGUGUUCAUUUAGCUUGUGGUGCCAAAGCAGUGUUAAGAUGAGUGUGUGAAUGUGGAUGAUUUUGGAACUAUGGUUUGCUAAAUCCACUGCAGUUAGAUCACUGGUAGUUUUGACCUUUGCUCUAACAGCUCAAAACCUGUGGAUUAAAGACUGACUGCUGUAUUUAUAACAAAAAAACA